AUGAAGUGGUACACAGUUGCGACAAGCAUCGUUGGCCUCGCCAGCCUCGUCCAGGCACAGGCGGACAGUACCCCGUUCGUCGAUGCUGACACGGGAAUCACCUUCCAAUCCUUUUCGACCUCUGACGGCAUCACGUACCGAGCCGCCCUUCCGGCAACUGCGAGUGCUGACAGUCCCUACGAUGUCAUCCUACAGAUCGUUGCCCCAGUCGAAUUGGGAUGGGCAGCCUGGGCUUGGGGUGGAGGGAUGACAUACAACCCUCUUACUGUCGUGUGGCAUGACGGUGACACUGUCGUCUAUUCAUCGCGACAGGCCCUGGGCUACUACACCCCAGCACCUUACGAGGAUGCCGAGUACACAGUGCUCAAGGGUACCAGUGUCAAUGAAACACACUUCAAGUUCACAGCCCUCUGCACAGGCUGCGCGAGCUGGACCAAUUCCGACGGCAACCCGACCACUCUCAAUGGUGCUGGUGACACUAGCUUCGCCUACGCGUUCUCGACGACGCCUGUCGAAGAACCGGCAAACAAUGAAACCGAUUUUGAUAUCCACGAUUCCGUAGGACAUUGGAUCCACGACAUGGCCGGUUCAAGGUCGGAUCAGUUUACUUCAUGGGUGGCAGCCAACACGGUCUCCGCGAACUCGACGAGUAACCGAACGCCGAAGCUCCGAGCGGCGUUAUGA